AUGAUUAUCCCCGUGCGGUGCUUCUCCUGCGGCAAGGUGACAGCCGAUUUGUGGGAGCGCUAUCUGGCCAUGAUCGACCAGGACAUUCCUGACGGAGACGCGAUGGACCAGCUCGGCCUGAAACGGUAUUGCUGCCGCCGUAUGAUCAUGACCCACGUCGACCUCAUUGAGAAGCUACUCAAGUACACGCCCGAUGGACGCAACGAGAAGAAGAACCAGCUGCACCAGAACCAGUAG